UCAGCUGACUCUGGCCGGCUGCGAACCUGAAGCUGGGGUUCGGCGGUGGAUCCUGAUCUGAGUCACCGGAAGGAGUUAGAGCCUUGGUUUGGAGGCCUGGAAUGGGUAGGAUCCUGGAGCCAGUGCGCUCCCCGAACACAUUCUCCCCAGGUCUGCAGAACUAACCUUUGUCAGCCUCUGAAGCCUUGCCUGUGUUCAGACACCUGCGCUUCCUCCCCUCCUUCCCUGCUGGGACCGUCUACUGCAGCCAUGGUCUGGAGGAUGCUGGGCGCCAGUAACUUUUCCACCUGCCCCAACGGCUCCAUCCAGUGGAUCUGGGAUGUGUUUGGUGAAUGUGCCCAGGAUGGCUGGGAUGAGGCCAGCGUGGGCCUGGGCUUGGUCUCCAUUCUCUGCUUCGCUGCAUCUACCUUCCCCCAAUACAUCAAGGCCUGCAGGACAGGCAACAUGGACCAGGCCCUAUCUCUGUGGUUCCUCCUGGGCUGGAUCGGUGGGGAUUCCUGCAACCUCAUUGGCUCCUUCCUUGCUGACCAGCUGCCCCUGCAGACCUACACGGCCGUGUAUUACGUCUUGGCUGACCUGAUGAUGCUGACGCUGUACUUCCAUUACAAGUUCAAGAAUCGACCUUCUGCGUUGUCUACCCCUAUCAAUUCUGUACUCUUGUUCAUCUUGGGGACCGUGUGUAUCACACCACUGCUGAGCAGCACUGAUCCUGUGGCUGUGCCCAGGGAAGGCUUCCGGGGACGGACGCUCCUGUCUGUGGAGCCAGGCAAUAAGCCCUUCACAAAGAAGGAGGUCAUCGGUUUUGUCAUCGGCUCCGUGUCCAGCGUGCUGUACCUGCUCUCAAGACUGCCUCAAAUCCGCACCAAUUUCCUGCGGCAGUCAACCCAAGGCAUAUCCUACUCUCUGUUUGCACUGGUGAUGCUGGGGAACACGUUGUAUGGGCUGAGCGUGCUGCUCAAAAACCCCGAGGUGGGCCAGAGCGAGGGCAGCUACCUGCUGCACCACCUGCCCUGGCUCGUGGGCAGCCUGGGUGUGCUGCUGCUCGACACCAUCAUCUCCAUCCAGUUCCUGGUGUACAGGAGUCGCGCCAUUGCCUCUGUCUCAGAGCGAGAGCCCCUCCUUCCAAGCUGACCAGUGCCCUGGCUGACGGGAACCUCAGCUGCUGCCAUCCCAGGAAGGAUGAGGUGUGGGCAGUGAUGUUGCCGUCCCUGGACUGGGCCUAGGAGGUAGCCUGGACUUCUGGGCCUGGCUGGAGUUGGUUGGAGUUGGCUCGUGCUGUGCCAGGACAUACCUCUCAGGCGUAAGACAGCUGCCUGGGGAGCCUGUAGGGGAUCCGUAGCUGAGACCCCAGAAGGUGGUGUGACCACCUCUCAUCUACCUACCUCAAAUCUGCCUGUGGACUCCAGGCUAUGUCAUAGCCAGGGGACCAAGGGUUGUCCCUCUGACUGGACACAACCUAGUAAAUGGUACCUUCCAGCUGGGCCUGUUUCUGCUGCUCCUUCUCAUGGUGCUUGGGGUCUGGUAAGGGACCCUGGGCAAGUCCAGCCUCAUGGGGGAAUCAUGUCCAGCCUCCUCAGGGCGUUGGUUCUCUAACUUGUAUUUCUUUGCCCUCUUGUAGACAGACCCUACCCUGGCAAAGGAACAUGGCAACAAAAGGGACACACCAGUGGGCUCCCUGUUUCUGGGGCUCAGGAAAAGGCAGAUAACUAAGGGCAGGGUUUGGCUGGACAUCUUGGCAUGGCUGCACUACUGCUCCUUGUAUCCUUGCCUGAGUUGGGCUUGGUGAGGUGGUUAGCCCAAAUUGAGGUACCAAAUUGAGUCAGGUGUCUAGUAUAGUCAGAACUCAGUGAAGGUCACCUUUGAGGUAGAGAAGAGGGACAGACUGGUGCCUUCCUGAAGAAGGUAGUGACAAGAAACAGGGGUGAUGAAGGCAGAGAGGGAGUUCGCUUUGUUACAGCACCUUUUGGGGACAGAGGACCAACAACCUUUCCUGCUAGCCUUAGCUUAUUCACAUACAUUAUUGUAGGUCCAGAGAGCCAGAUGCCGGGCCAGGGGUUACCUGACAGAGACAGACAGAGGGUAUCCACCUCUGAGUGUUCUUUUAGCUUCUCUGCCCACAGCUACGGAGAGAGGGCCCUGGCAUAGUGUUCCCAACCCACUGCUGGCUUCAGGUGAUCUUUGCAGCCAGAUGUCUGGCUCUGUCCCAUCCUGGGACCUGGCUCUAUGCUGGUUUCCUAGACCCUUCCAAAUCUGAAGAUCUGGGACCUCAGUGUGGCUCAUGACCCCAAGUACAGGACUGAACUGAAGCUGCAUGGGCAGGAGGACGUGAGUGACAGGUGUGACUGAGAAGCUCUCUUUGUCGCUCCAGUAGGGGAGACACCCCUUGAUGGGGACUCAGGCUUUGCCCACGGGGGAAUGCCUGGCUGAUAGAUGAAGCAGCCCUUUACUCAGGAAGCGCCAGACUGCAGCUUCUCUGAACCUUGAUCCCACCUCUCUUAGGCGCCAGGACUCCAAGUAGGAGUCACUGUAGGGGCCUUGCAGGACCUGGUAGGCUGCUUAUUUAUAGGGGAGUGUUUCACGGACUCCAGGAUCUCAAGCCUGUCUCAGCUCCCAUGAGCCUUGUGACUUGGGCCAGCUCCCUAAGCCUGUUUCCCUCCCAUAACACCAAAAACAGUGUUAAUUUCCUCAGAAUCUAGUUGUGCUGACUACGUAAGGUGCACUUUUGGGUUUACGUCCCAGCAUCUGGAACCUGGGUGAGGAAAUGGUGACUAUAUUAGCAUCACCACCCAAAGGGGGUUUAGCCAUCUGGUACCCCCUCGGGAAUAGCCAGCUUGACUGAUAGGACCCUGCCGUGAUGACGGCCCCAUUGCUGCUGUGGACCAGAAACGCCCCAGCUGGCUUUCCUGUCCUCUCCCUGGUCCAUACCUCUCACUUUUGCAGGUGAAGGAGUGAAGUAGUGGAUGUUCAUCCUGAUGCGGCCUGAGUACAGCAGGCCCCUCAGGUCUUUCCUCAGCCUCGAGUGUGAGGGCGUUUUGGCUGUAGUCCAGGCUCAGCCACAAAAAUGCAAGUAUUCCUGCCAGGAGCGCCUCGAUCAAGUCACUCAGGGAGAAGUGAGGAGGAGGCUGGACCAUGUGUUUGCAAAGGCUCUUCUCUAGUGAGUCAGAUAGGGUGUGUGUGUGUGUGUGUGUAAUUUUUAAAAAUUUUAUUUAUUUUGAGACAGGGUCUUACUGUAGCUCACGUCUGCCUGGAACCCAUAGUCUUCCUUCUCUUCCUUCCGGAGUACAGGGAUUACAGGUGUAUGUCAUCGUUCGUGACUUCUGUGAGAUGCCCUGUAGGAAAGCCCCUCUCAUGGUGCCCUCUGCUCUAUUCACAAGGCUUCACCUUCUCUAAGUCGCAAGAGAUGCACAAGAGAAACUGGAGGCAGAAGGGCUGGGCCUAGCCACCCUGCCCUUUGUCCUUGACCCCGGGCCUUCCCAGCUAGGAUUCUCAUUGGUUAUUUAUCAAGCCUGGAGAUUUUUUUUUUCCUCUCUCUCGUUACAACUAGGACAGUAUGGCCUCCAGAUCUUCUCUUCUCCAGGAGGGGGAGCAGUCCCAAAUCACCCUUCAGCACCUUUCUGUCUGAAUCAGCUUUAGGGCUUCCAGGGGAUUCUAGUGGGUAUGCACUGUAACAAGCUUGAAGUGGCUACCUCACGGCAGGGCCUGCCUUCCCCGUGGGUUCCCUGGGCUCAAAAUGGCUAAGUUCCCAGCCCUGCCCAGCAGCUGUGAGGACGCAGCCACCCCCUACCUCCACACUCCAGUCAGAGAGCUGGGCAAAGAGCACCUGUCUGUACACCACUGUGUCCACAGGACACAGCACAUGCUCAGAAAGGACCGGAGACCCUGUCUGUCCAGAGGCUCUGGCGGUGGGGGAGACAGGCAUGUGGCUUGCAAGGACAGAUCCUCUCUACAGGGUAGGGUGUGAGUCAGAGCUUGAGGAAACUGUUUGGAAAGGUGUCAGGCUACCUACGCAGUAUUAACAUCUCGAGUGAGGUGUCUGAGGUAACAAGACCAUAGUCACACCGUGCAGCACCCUGGUGCAUGUACAACCCAGAGUAACGCAGAGGGAGCCGAGCUGCUGAAGAAAGACAGCACUUGCUGGGCAGCUCAAAGGGCUACAUCUGUGAGGGCCUGCCUCUUCUCCCGUAGCACGUUUGUCCAGCCCGUGUUCCUGACUGGAAAGUUUCAUAGGAGAGCGUGUCUACAAAGAGACAUUUUAGAUGACACAGAGGAAUCCACGUAGGGGCUUGGAGCGCAGCUCCGUUGGGAGAAAGCUUGUCUAGUUUGCGUGAGGUUUUGGGUUCAAUCCCUAGGAUGACACAAAUGGUCUGGUGGGGUACACCUGUAAUCCCAGCACUCAGGAGGCAGAGGCAGGAAGAUCAGGAGUCCAAAGCCAUCCUUAACUGAAAAACCUAGAAAUAUCAAGUUUCAGAUAAGGCACCAAAACAUAGCAAUGUAAAUAGAUUUCAAAGUUUUGUGAAUUUAUAUGUUUACAGUUUGAAUUUUAUGGUUUUAAAAAAUAAUUAUUGGAAAUCAAGCUUAGUCAGAGCUGGAGACAUGGCUCAGUGGUUAGGAGCACAUCCUGUUCUUUUAGAGGACCAGAGUUCGAUUCUCAGCACCCACAUUAGGCAGCUCACAACUGCCUGUAUCUCCAGUUCCAGGUGAUAAUACCCUUGGACUGCCAGGUCGAGCUGGCAGUCCAAAUAAGUAAUAAAAUUUAAAAGAAAGAAAAGAAAACCAAGCUUGGUGACAUAGAUUUUGAUCUUAGCACUAAGGAGGAUGAUGCAGGAAGAUCGACCAUUGAAACAUAGUUUUGGCUACAAAGCAAGUAAAAGGCCUGCCUGGGCAACUAUGUCAAAGUUUAAAAACAGUAGAAUAGAAUAGAGUAAGGGAAACAAAUUAAAACCUAACUGUAGAGCAAGAAAAAAAAAAAUAGCACCCACUAAUUUGUUCUGGGGAACUACGUAUCUCAGGCUGACCUUGAACUCUGUGAGUGGCCAAGAAUGAUCCUCCUGCCUCCACCUCCCAAGUGCUGGACCCCAGGUUUGCACCACCACACCCGGCUCUGUGAUCUAUCUUGGAGUAUCUUGACUGUAGAGGAUUCUACCCUUUAAGGAGCAAGCUCAGCCCGUCACUGAGUUUGACCUCCAGUGACUCAUGCUACACUGCACAGACAGCCCCGGGUCCCAAAGAGACACAACCCCAACUGUAAAGCUUGUCCCUCAGUAGAAUGAUGUGUCUUCCUAGCCUGCAAGUAACCCUACACAGGUGUCACAUCCAUUGAGACCUAAGCAACUUGCCUGGUGUAGUGGCACAGGCCCUUUAAUUCCAGCACUUGGGAGGCAGAGGCAGGCAGAUCUCUAUGUGUUCAAGGCCAGCCUGGUCUACAGAGUGGGUGCCAGGCUAGCCAGGGCUGCAUAGUGAGACUCUGUCUCGGAAAACAAAGCAGGACCCAAACAGCUGUACAUUGACAUUAAACUGCCAGCAUGCAUAGAAGACCCCCAUGACAGGAGCCUGUGGGGUGCCUCCUACAGCUCUCUGCUGUCUUGUCUGUUACCACUGUACCACUGUGUAUCUAUCGAAUAAACUCUCCUACCCUUUUU